UUUACGUUCUGAGAACGCCGCUUUCUUCUAUGAUCUGUCACUUCGAGAUUCCAUCCCCACCCUCACUUUUCUACCUGUCUUCUAACGAGACGGACGUGUCUUAAAGGACGUGUUUUUCCUUUGGAUUAUUUAAAAUUUUCCGUAUUAUUUCGAAGAGAAGAUGGCCCCUAAACAGAGGAUGCGUUUCGCAAACGAAAAAGCCAUGAAGAACGUCACCAUGAGAGGAAACGUGCCCAAAUCUUCCAAAGCCGUAGAUGAAAAGACACCUGUAGGCCCAUGGUUGUUGGCUCUUUUCAUCUUUGUGGUCUGUGGAUCGGCUGUGUUCCAAAUCAUCCAGUCAAUCAGGAUGGCUUAAACCUACUACCCUUAAAAAAUGUGAUUACCUCCUCUCUUUCAAAAUAAUACAUAUAAGUUGUUUGCUCAGACUUUCCUGUAAAUGUGUGUGCGAUUAUUUAUGAUUUUUUUUGUUUUUUCGUCCCAAAUUUUAAAUAUAUUUUACAUUGAUUGUAAUGUACGGAAGAUGCAUUUAAAAAUUGCAGCACAAUAAUAACUAUGCAUGUUAUCAUUCCAAUAUUUUUAUAUUUGUGUUACAAUUUAUGUAAUAAGUUUAAAUGAUAUGAAUAUAAUUUUCUAUAUUUAAUACCUACA